AUGGUUGAAAAUGGCGACAUAAUCCUUCCCUCCUUUCUCUGUAAUGUGAAGUGAGAGUCUCUGAAAGAGAAAUUUGGUCCCUAUUGAAAGCGAAACAAUGUUGUCAUUUAGUGUCCAUUCCCGCCACAUUCUUUUUCAUUUUUCUUCUUACCGUAGCAGCAUCAGAUACCCAAACUUUCUUCCUCGUUUAUUUACCACCAACACAUUAUUCAAAUCUCAUUACUCUUCUUCUCUUAACAAUAACAGCUAUAGAAGAAAAAUGGGUUCACUUUCUGUGUUUGAUGAAACCAUCCAAUAUCCCAUUGCUCGCAGAAACGACUCCGUCAUUGACAACUAUCACGGCGUUAAUGUUCCCGACCCUUACCGUUGGCUUGAAAAUCCUGAUGCUGAAGAAGUCAAAGACUUUGUACAGAAACAGGUUGUUUUGACUGAUUCAGUGCUGAAGACAUGUGAUUGUAGAACCAAACUUGGUGAAACAAUCAAAAAGGUGUUUGAUCAUCCUCGUUAUACCACUCCUUUCAAAAGAGGUGUUAAUCACUACUUUUACUUCCACAAUACUGGUCUUCAACCUCAAAGCGUCCUUUAUGUUCAGGAUAGUUUCGAGGGUGAAGCCGAGGUUUUGCUUGAUCCCAAUGUCCUUAGUGAAGAUGGUACUGUUUCACUCAACAGCUUCUCGAUUAGCCAAGAUGCUAAGUUUUUGGCUUAUGGGCUCAGUUCAAGCGGUAGUGAUUGGGUCACCAUAAAGGUCAUGCGUGUUCAUGACAAGGUUGUUGAGCCUGAUACUUUGUCUUGGGUUAAGUUUUCCUCUAUUAGUUGGACGCAUGAUAGCAAAGGUUUCUUUUACAGCCGCUAUCCGGCUCCAACAAUCAAGGAUGGGGAAGUAGUAGAUGCAGGGACUGAGACUGAUUCUAACCUUUAUCAUGAGCUAUAUUAUCAUUUUCUGGGUACGGAUCAAUCACAAGAUAUUCUGUGCUGGAGAGAUCCUCACAACCCUAAAUAUAUGUUUGGAGCAAGUGUCACUGAUGACGGAAAGUAUGUUCUUCUCUCUAUUGAAGAGGGUUGUGAUCCAGUUAACAAAAUAUACUACUUUGACUUGUCCGAACUUCCUAAUGGUCUGGAAGGUUUUCGGAAUAAACAUUCCUUCCUCACUUUUGUAAAGCUUAUUGAUGAUUUUGAUGCCAAGUAUCAGCCCAUUGCAAAUGAUGACGCUGUGUUUACAUUUUUAACUAAUAAAGAUGCUCCAAAAUAUAAACUAGUCCGAGUAGAUUUGAGAGAACCAAAUACGUGGACUGAUGUUAUCCAAGAAUCUGAAAAAGAUGUACUUGGGUCGGCAUAUGUUGUAAACAGUAACCAACUGAUAGUAAGCUACUUGAGUGAUGUGAAAUAUGUUCUACAAGUAAGAAACUUACAGACAGGUUCCCUGCAGCAUCAAUUACCAAUUGACAUAGGCACAGUUGGUGAAAUUUCUGCACAGCGUGAAGAUAGUGUGUUUUUCUUUAGCUUUACAAGCUUUUUGACUCCUGGUAUCAUAUAUCAAUGCAACCUAGGAACACGGAUUCCUGAUGUGAAGAUAUUUCGUGAGAUUGUUGUCCCUGGGUUUGAUCGCUCUGAUUUUCACGUCAAUCAGGUUUUUGCGCCUAGUAAAGAUGGAACCAAGAUACCGAUGUUCAUUGUUUCCAGAAAGGAUAUAAUUUUGAAUGGUUCACACCCUUGUUUGUUAUAUGGAUAUGGUGGUUUUAACGUCAGUCUUACACCAUUUUUCAGUGUCAGUCGUAUUGUCCUUGCAAGGCAUUUAGGUUCUGUUAUCUGCAUAGCAAAUAUUCGUGGUGGUGGAGAAUACGGAGAGGAGUGGCAUAAAGCAGGAUCCCUUUCGAAAAAGCAAAAUUGCUUUGAUGACUUCAUAUCUGCAGCUGAAUACCUUGUAUCAGCCGGUUAUACCCAACCCAAAAAGUUAUGCAUUGAAGGUGGAAGCAAUGGUGGACUUCUUGUUGGUGCUUGCAUAAAUCAGAGACCUGAUCUUUUUGGUUGUGCACUGGCUCAUGUUGGUGUUAUGGACAUGUUACGGUUCCAUAAAUUCACUAUAGGUCAUGCUUGGACCUCAGAUUUUGGCUGUUCUGACAAGGAAGAAGAAUUUCAUUGGCUAAUCAAGUACUCACCAUUGCAUAAUGUCCGGAGACCAUGGGAACAGCAUCCAGAUAAGUCGAUUCAGUACCCAUCAACAAUGCUAUUGACAGCUGAUCAUGAUGAUCGUGUUGUGCCAUUACAUUCAUUGAAGCUAUUGGCGACCUUGCAGUAUGUCCUUGUUACUAGCCUGGAUAAAAGUCCCCAGACGAACCCAAUAAUUGCUCGAAUUGAAUGCAAGGCUGGACAUGGAGCUGGGCGUCCGACACAGAAAACUAUUGAUGAAGCCGCUGACCGGUAUGGUUUUAUGGCUAAGAUGUUAGAGGCUCGUUGGAUUGAGUAAUGUGGUGCAACUUCAUUUCUUCCUUUUCCACCCAUGACAAUUGAUAAGAAAGAAUCAGCAUUAGGUGAUGUCUUGAUGGCAGUGGCAUAGAGGGAUAGUUAUUUUCAGUGAUUUCUUUAGGGGGCGGGACGUUCUCAUUAGAAAAUUUAUCACUCUAUUAUAUAUAAAAAAAAAUGUAUUUCCCCCUUUGUAUUAUAGGAAUGGAACAGCCUUCCUUCCGUGAAAUAUUUGGACAGUAUAUGACCAUUGAAAACUUUAUCAUGUUA